GAACCUUUAAAUUUCCAGUUCGAUAACACAACCUAUUAAGGAGACAUCGAAACCAAAUUCCAAUCGACAAUCGCAGCGAAACGCGGGCGGCGGCCACACACUUUUUUAAUACAAAAGAAGAGCCAUGUUUGAGCGUUAAAAGUAAACUGUUGGCAAUUGUGGUUAGCAAAGUGGAUGGCCAAUUACCCUUUGAGGGAGAUCAGGGGCCAUAAAAUACGGAAACCACUUUUCCAGCUGUUGGGGAGCACAACUAGAGCUCGCACAUUUGAUGUGACCUGACGCAGAAGAAGAAGAACUCUCGGAGAGAACGUAGAACAACAACAACAAAGGGAAGAAGAAGAAGAGGAACAUUAGCAGCAGGCCAAAUUGUUGCGUAUUGUUUUUUACAUUUUCAGUAGGGUUUUUUUCGGGUGCAAACUUCGUGAAAAUAGUGUGUUGCCAACAUACGCAUAACUUAUGUCUGAUAAAAGUGCACAGGAAUCAUGUAUCAGUAAGAGUGCGAGCUGCAGCAGCAGGCGCAAGAGAAGAAAGUGAGCGAAAAAGUGAGCAAAAGUAUAUAUUCUAGUACCAGGCAACGUGCAGCGUGCUCAGUCAAACGAUGUCCCAUGGCGAGGAUGUGUUAGACAACUGGGAGGAAAUCGAUGAGGCGGGGCUCUCGCUUACUCUGCAAACAAAGCUGCAGGCGAGCGACCAACCUGCCCACAAGAUGAAGCUGCUUCAACGGCCACAGAGCCAAGAGUCCCCACAAGUCAUUGGCAGCGGCGGCGGGAGCGGGAAUCCCCUGCCCCGGCAGAUCACCAUUGCCCGGAAGCCCCAGUCAGCACCGCCAGCAGAGGUUGAUCCGUCUGCCCAGCAGACGCCCGUCAUGAUGGUGCUGCACAAGUCAUCCAACGAGUAUGAUGCGGCCACCUAUGCCACUCCCACCAGCAACCAGACGGUGAAGAUCCUGCGCCGACCCGCCCAGGCGGAGGAGCGAAGGGACACCAACGGGAUGCGACCCAAGCAGCCCAUCAAAACGCUUAAGCAGCGCGAGCAGGAGUACGCCGAGGCCAGGUUGCGCAUCCUGGGUGCAGCCAAAAACCCCGAAGAUGACAAACCGGUAACUCCAAGCGCGCCUGCGGCAAACAGUAACAGUGCGACUGCAUCGCCCUCGGCGCCGUCUGCCACUCCACCCGCUGCCAGCAGCAACAACAACGUCAUUAACAACAAUGGAAGCCAUCCAGCAGCCGGAAUGCAUCGCUCCAGCUCGGCUCCGAAGAUGUCCCAGGUGUCGCCGAUGUACAAUAACUACAACAGCUACUUCCAGGGGCCGCACAAUCAGCCGGGCCUGAACUACUACUAUCCGCAUAACCCGCAACAGCAGCAGCAACAGCAGCCGUCGGCCUCGAUUCCUCCGCAUUUCAACCAACGGCUGCCGCCGUACGGAGGCGGAGGGUCUGGACUGGGAGGCGUGGGAAUCCCUCCCCAGGCGCAGCAUCAGUCGUCGCCCAAUCCGCAGCAGCAGAGCUGGUCGCCCGUUGUGGGCGGUUCGGUAUCUGCCGCCCUUUUGCGCCAGCAGUCGCUGCAAUCGCCACAGCAGCAGCAGCAGCAGAAUCAGCAGCAGCUCGUCCAGCAUCCGCAUCCCUUCAACGACCUCGUCCUGCGCUUGCCCAAGGGUCCUUGUCCGAAUGGCUCCAUUGGCUUUCAGAUGCGCCGGUAACAGAGUACAGCGGAGGAAAGCGGCCUGUCUAUUUUAACAACUUCUUAAUUUCAUCUUGGUACAUUGAUUCCAAAUGCAUGUUUCUAUAUAUAAAGGAAAAACAACCGAAAACAACAACCCACGAGUCAUUCUGAGAUUUUUGUCGCCGGGCAUUGAGCUCCGGCUCAAUGCGACGCAAAUUCGUUGCUAUAUCCACUGGCUAGACCCAAGCAUCAACAACUAUGUAAACAAAUUUUUAUGACGGACUAUGGUAGAUAUUUUGUAAAUUUACAACUCACACCACACAAUUUUGUAUAAUGCAUACUAAUAAAACGAAACAGUAAUUUUAAAAAUAA